AUGAAUGUUCAAGAUAGAAGAAGAAUUUUAGGUCCAGCUUCUGCAAAGCCAUUAGUCUUUGCUAAUUCAAAUGAAAAACAAAGUUUAUCUGCACUAAACAAUGAUGAGCUCAAUUUUCAGAAUGGCAUAAUUUCUAAUUCUAAUGGAUCAAGUAUUGUAGAAAAUAAUAAGAUGUCUUUAUUAACCUUAGUCUAUGGUCCAAGAUCAACGAGAGAUGUAUCCUUCCAACCAAAUUGUAAAAUAAAUAUAAUUAUUAAAAGUGAAAAAUUCGAAACAAAGAAUUUGAAAGAAUUGAGCCAAUUUUUAAUAUCUGUAUUACAAUGUUGUGUCUGCUUGGAGAACUAUCCAAAAUCUGGUAUUGAUAUUUUUAUUAAUUUUAAUAUUGAGGAUGAAGAUGAAUUAGUUGAGUAUAUUCCAGCUUUAGUCUCUGGUUGUAUAAUUGCUUUAAUAGAUGCAAAUAUUGAAAUAACUGAUAUCAUUGGAGCCAUUACUUUGAAUCACACUGCUGUAUGUCUUGGUCAAAAUGGUGAUCAGUUGUUGGGCCUUUGGAAGGAUCCAUAUAAGUUUAAUAAUAAUGAAUCAGAUGAUUAUGAUGAUUCUAUACCUUUAAGUGAAAUAAUAAAAUCAUGUCAGGAGAAAAUCAUAGUGUCAAAACAGCAAUUAAUACGAUUCAUAUCAAAUAUGUAA